GUUGUUUCCAAUUAUUGUAUUGUUUUUUUGUUCGUCCUUCAGUGUUCAAGGAAGUCCCGCCAGGAUGGCAGAUGUAAGCCUGUUUUUUGGCGGUCUGCCGGCCAUUCUCUUGGAACCGGAUACAAUAUACCGUAUUGGAAGGAAGAAGGGCCUGGAAAUCAGCAUCGCCGAUGAGUCAAUGGAGUUGGCCCACGCCACCGCCUGCAUACUUCGCCGAGGUGUGGUGCGCCUGGCCGCCCUGGUGGGCAGUAUCUUCGUAAACGACCAGGAGAAGACAGUGGUGGACAUUGGCAGGGACGACACCUUAGCCGGCAAGGUGAAACUCCGCUUUGGCAAUGUGGAGGCCAGGCUGGAGAUUGGAGAGGAUCACAAUGAGGUUCACGACAGCAGCGGAUUCGGGGAAUGCCUGAAGGACAGAUCAACCCACACGACGUUGGACAGCAUGGACAUUCCUGAAACACAGCCUCCAUCCGCCAACACGUCAGUCAACACAACGGCAGAUAGCUUCUUCAUACCCGAGACCCAGGCGUUGGUCUUCGAAAGGCCUUCGACCGGUGGAAGAGUGUCGCUGGCCGAUGACUUCAUGAUACCCGAAACGCAGGAUAUGCUUGCGUGUCUUCCACCUAAACCCCCAGUGGUUAAACCCUCGGUUAUUCCUGUGGGCGAUAACCGGGAUCCAACGAUGGACAGCGAUGGGGAAUCAUCCGAGGGCAGCAUGAUACGCAUGUGCACCCAGGACUAUAAUGAGGAUGCCAUUGAUGACUUCGAUGCCUCACAGGUCCUCUGCGAUGUUUUGCUGCCUCUCCCGCCGCCAGCAAAGCCAAUGGAACCUAUUGAUAAGAAAGAAGAUAAGCGUGAUCAACUGGACACCACCGACAUGGAAAUAAGUGCCUUAAACUGGUCAGCUAGCGAUUCGAAAUGCUGUGCCCUUAGUAGCACCAAAGCGGAUGAAGUGCUGCCGCGUGGCGACGCUUGCAUUACACCUGAUUUGACCGGUCCGUCCGUGGAUAGAAAUAUCUGCACCCCCGAUCUGUUUGACCUAAUCAUGGGGAGGGAGGGGCGCGAUGGCUCCAACAGUCCGGAUCCGUUCGUUCGUCCUACGGACAAAACGAAUACCGCCACACCGCAGUUUGGCGGAGUUAAACAGCUGGUUGUGGCGACAAUUGAGACUCCCACUGCCACUCCUGACACAGAUAACUCAUCUAGUCAAGAGAAGAAUCAAGAUAUUGUAGCCACUCAACGAUUUCCACGACAUAAAUUGUUGGAAAGUGACGAGGAACACAAUGAGCAAAGUAACCAAGACUUCGUGGCGACUCAGGCGUUUAACUUGGGACGUCCGCAGGCACAAGAAGAUAAGGAAACUAAUCAAGAUUUCAUAGCGACACAGGCAUUUAAUUUGGGCCGGCCACAAAUAACUGAUUCACCUAAACAUUCGACUGCUAAUGAUUCUUGCAACCAAGAUUUCAUAGAAACUCAGGCAUUUAACUUAGGGAGCCCACAAGCAAACAAUUUUUUUGGCCUACCAAAAGAUAAUGAGACUUCCAACCAAGAUUUGAUUGCCACUCAAGUAUUUCCUGCCAAGAUCAAUAGCUCUCGGUGCCAAGACUUUAUAGCCACGCAACCUUUUCACGUAGUCAAUCAGCAUUCCGUGAGUUUACGAGACAAGGAGAAUAUUCCACUCGACGACAUUGCCAAAGUCGCAACAGAUUCGAAAUUCUUUGAAGAGCCUUGCGAAGAGAUAGAAGCUGUGCUCAAUGAAAUGAUUUCAGGGACUGUGGUAACGUCGCCUGUAAACCCCAAUGAGGAGCCGAUUAAAUUUGUUGAGCCGUGUGUGAUCAAGGAUAAAAAUCACUAUCAAAAGAUUUGUCAGAUUGAAGGAGUUUUUAGUAAUUCGAGUAACAAAAGUCGUUGGCGCACUGAAAAAUCUGGCGAUCGCAGGCGCAAACGAGUUGCCAAAUCGGAAUCUCCUCCAGCAACCCCAAGUCGUAAAAACAGACGAAUAUCAGAGGGUUCUGAGAGACCAGAAAGUAAUUUGAUAAAACGGCGGAACAAUCUAUCGGAUAAAAAAUCAGAAGCUCUUAACAAGUCUGUUAUCCUUGGACAAGACGUCGAUUCUAUCCCGGAAGAGGAAACACAGAAAGAUAAAGCGAACGAUCCUUUUAUCAAAGUUGCCAAUCAAUGGCAAUCCCGUAGGAGCCGAAUUCAAAACCGUUCUGAUACACCAGGAAGCUCUUUAGAAAGGAAUGAAGCCAACGCUUUAGAAAGGAAUGAAGCCAACGCUGAGGUGGUGGAUAAGUCUAAUGAAGAACAACCUACCAAAAGUAAACGUGGUAGAAAGGCCAAGAAGGCGGAGACAAAUAAGGCAGACACAUCCAAGGAUAUUCCCAAGCCUACGACAAGAACCAGGCGCCAAACCAGCGAUGAAGAUGCUCAAGCGUCUGAUCGUGAAAAGGGAAGAAAGGCCAAGAAGGCUGCGUCGAGUAAGGCAGACGCAUCUAAGAAUAUUUCCAAAGGUGUGACAAGAGUCACACGACAAAAUAGCGCCGAUGAUGUCGAGGUGCACAGGGAAGAAAGUUCUGUCCAGACUGAAAAUGAGAAAAAAGUCAAAAAGGCCAAGUCAAGUAAAGAGGAAACAUCAAAAGAUAUUGCCAAGCCAAAACCUAGAACCAGACGUCAAACUGCCGACGAAGAUGCUGCGACACCUAAAGCAGAAAAAGAAACACAGGUUCGGGUGGACAAAGCCAAGGACAUGCCCAAGCCAGCGGCCAGAACCAGGCGCAAAGCCAGCAUAGAGCAAGCUGAGAGCACAGAAGAGAUCGUCAAACCGAAAAGAGGAAGGAAACACAAGGAAACCGAGACUAAUCAAGUAUUCGCACCUGUGGAAAAGUCUAUGACUAGAACUAGGCGCAAGACAAUCGUCGAAGAUUCCGCCACCCUGACGGAAGUUAAGCCAGCGGACGCAUUAAUUAAACGCGCGGUUGUCCGCAUAUCCAGAGCAAGCAUAGAAAACCCAGCUUCUUCGUCUACUGCCAGAAUAACUCGGGCUGCCAAGUCCCGCUCUGCAACGCCCUCAAUUGAAGAGCCAUCAUCUAGCACUGCUGCUGCCAAGGGUCCAAAUGUAUCAGCAACUACACGCGCACCCAAGACCGUUCGGGCUGCCACGUCGAGCUCCGCAGCUCCUAAAGCCGAUCAGUCAUCAACCAGCUUCGGAAGUAGCAGAGGGUCUAAGCGGUUAGCGUCCCGCGAAGAGCCCACGUCUAGCUCAGUCACUACCAAGAAGCCUAAAAUUUUAGCUGACGAGGAUGUCCUAAAGAACAGAUCAGGCGCUACCACGACCCGAUUCAGUCAGCCGGAUUUCGAUCCCCUUAGAGCAUUCAACUUAUAUGUGAGGAAGGCCAAGACGACAGGCAAAAUUAAGAUAGCGUUUACCAUGUGCAAUCGUCCUGCCUUGGAAUCUGUCCUAAAGUCACUUAAGCACGUGAUGGAGGUCACCGAAGAUCCCUUACAGUGCGACCUGCUUAUGAUGGACAAGGGCGAGCGCACCUACAAGUUUCUGACAGUUAUUGCUUCCAACAAACCAGUUCUCUCCACCAAUUGGCUGCACUCUGUAAAGAAGACCAGAAGCAUCGACAUAAAGGCAGAUCACCUGUUCAGCGACGCAACGUUUGAAGAGACCUUCAAGUUCAAACCGUCGUCCGUAUUGGAACACCCUCGUUUGUUGUAUGGCUUACACUUUAUGCUCGGUGAAGACAUUGUGCCAAAAGCAACCGAAAUGAAAGUCAUCAUUCAAAGCGCCGGCGGAAAGGUGCACAUCCAUCCGCCUUCGCUGGCCAUCAGUGUGGAACUGUACGUGGUGACUACGAGCAAGGAUACGAAAUCUAAGCGACGUCUGAACAACUAUGAGAAGGUGCACUUUAUCAAAGCCGAGGCUGUUAUGCAGGCGCUCGUUCAGCACAACAUUGAAAAGCUACAGGAGUUCAAGCUCAAACUUUAAACGUUAUUGUUUUUGGAUAUUUCUUUUUUUAAGUGUCCUGUAGGUUUUUUGUUCCUUUAUAUUGUUAUCAUUUAUUACCAUUAUUCCAUAUAGCUCCUGAUUCCUAAUUAACUACAAGAAGGUACAUCACACAGCGGAGUCCCAGACAAAAUCUCUUUCACAGUUUAAGCUUAAGCUUUUUGUAUUAUAUAUAAUUGUUUAAUGUUUUUUGGAGCCAUCACAAUUGUGGCCAUACAAUAUUUAGUUGUUACUUUCCUACCGUCUGUCAAAUACAUCAUACGUCUAAAACUA